CCCUCCUCCCUCAUCCCACCGAGUCACCGACAGCCAUCCCCCGCCACCCAUCGAAGCACCGCCCACGCAGAUCGCCUUCCCACCGCCGACCAGGAGCGCCGACCACCUUAUUCCCUCUCUACGGUAAGCACACCCAUACUUGGCUCCAUAAAAUCGAAGAAAAAAGUACAGCAAGUGAGAGAGAGAUCAAAGAUGGAGAAGAUAGAGCACACAGUAGUAGCUACAAAUGGCAUAAACAUGCACGUAGCGUCAAUUGGUACCGGCCCAGUGGUCCUCUUCCUCCACGGCUUCCCUGAGCUCUGGUACUCGUGGCGCCACCAGCUUCUCUACCUCUCCUCCCACGGCUACCGUUGCAUCGCCCCCGACCUCCGAGGAUAUGGAGACACUGACGCCCCGCCCUCCGCAGCCUCAUACACGGCCUUCCACAUCGUCGGCGACCUCGUCGGCCUUCUUGACCAUCUGGGUAUCGACCAGGUCUUCUUGGUCGGCCAUGACUGGGGAGCUAUGAUGGUUUGGUACUUCUGCUGGUUUAGGCCCGACCGAGUCAAAGCUGUUGUCAACACGAGCGUGCCAUUUUUUCCCAGGAACCCGGCGAUAAAUAAUGGGGAUGGCCUCAGGGCUUUGUUUGGUGACGAUUAUUAUUUUUGCAGGUUUCAGGAACCUGGAGAAGUUGAAAAAGACUUUGCGUGUGUCGAUACUGCAAUACUAAUGAAGAAGUUCUUUUCACUUUUUGGCCCGAUUCCUCUGUGUGUUCCGAAAGAAGUAGGAUUUAAAGGAUUGCAGACUCCAGAAUCCUUGCCUUCUUGGUUGUCAGAAGAAGAUAUUAAUUACUAUGCCAGCAAAUUUAACCAGAAAGGUUUUACUGGGGGACUGAAUUACUAUCGAGCUAGUGACCUAACCUGGGAGCUCACAGCACCAUGGACAGGAUUACAAAUCAAAGUGCCAGCGAAGUUCAUUGUGGGGGAGCUAGACAUCGUCUACAAUAUCCCAGGCACCAAGGAAUAUGUACACAACGGUGGCUUCAAGAAAGAUGUGCCAAAUUUGCAAGACGUAGUUGUGAUGGAAGGAGUAGCUCACUUCAUCAACCAAGAAAAGGCGGAGGAGAUCAGCGCGCACAUAUAUGAAUUUAUCAACAAAUUCUGAUUGCCAUUGGCCACAGUGGUACUCUAAAUUUCUGUGUGUUAAGUUUCGAUCUACGUCUUAAUUACGCAAGAGAUGUGUUGUUCAAAUUUAAUAAAAGAAUGCAAUAAAACAUCUUCAUCCCGAUGAUUAACAUUAAGCUCUGUUGUGUUGAAGGGUGGGUCAUGCCCUUCAAUUCACUUGAUACUCAAAA